UUGUUUGAUGGUAACAACUGCAUAAACAUGUCCGCAACUGGGUGCAGUUUGAGCUAGUACCUUUUACAUAGUUGCCUACUCUAGUCGGGUUACCGCCUAUACGGUCUAGUUUUUGUUAUAAUGCCAUUAUAGAAAACCUAUCGCUAAUGACAUUUACGAUUAUUUAACAAAUAUGGCCAACCCGUCAUUCACAGAUCUGUAUCAGCUACUGGGCGUAUCUUCGGAUGCCGCUACCGUCGAGAUUGAACGAGCCUUCCGUCGUCAAGCGUUGCUGGUACAUCCGGACAAAAACCGCAAUCCCGACAGCGAAGAUAUCAUGCGGCAACGUGAGGAAUUAAUGAAGCAGCUGACCAAUGCCAAGCAUGUCCUACUGGAUCCGGAGCGACGAGCCAAGUAUGAUGAACAGUACGAGGGAGCCGCCACGGAUGUGGAUGUAAUGUUCCUGGAUGGCGGCAGUCGGUUGUCGGAACGGUACCGGAAAUUGUUCGCUAAAGGACAGCAGUUGUCGGAGAAGAUUACACUCGUCAAUAAUCUCCCCGAGCUGCAGAGCGCGGUGCGUGCAGUGAUAACACUGGUCACUAACACGGAUAACGAUGCCGACAGCACCAGUAACUGGAAAGAAGACAACGUACUGGAUGACAACGAAGCGGUCUACGGAGAAAUUCAAGAACCCCAACCAGGUUAUGUCACAAAAAUUAAACAGCAUUUGUACGCACGAGACAUCACAGCGAUGGCGGCGUAUAUUAUGCAACAGCGGUGCAUUACCGAAGCGCUGUUUGUCUGUAAUGAACUAACGGUUGGAAAAGAUGUUGAACAACUACCGACGCCUUUUCGUGCCAGUUUACUGGUACUUCGAGCUGCUCGUGCAAGACUACUCAACAAUCUUUUCGAAGCAACCGCACUGUGUAAUGAGGCGGUCGCACUCUUUCCAGCCGAGACCGUCUACAUCGCCGUCUUCCUGAUUCUUCGCGAAAACAAAUUUCGCGAGCGUUGUGUGGAAAGGUUACAUAAUCUUCUCUGCAGUCGCACGGUUCUGGCCGACAGUUCGAGCAUUUUAAAUGUGCCCAGUACGCAUAUGUACGACGGUUAUCUAGAAGCCGGUCGAGCUUUGCGCGCUAUCACGCGAUCCGAAAAAUACGUGGCCGCCCAGUCGGUGUCGGAUUUCGAGAAGGCCAUGCUGUACCUGGAUCUCGGUAUGGCAACGGUCGAUUGGGUGGUCUUGGUGAAUUGUUUCUUAACGGCUGCCACAUACUUGGUUAAAGAAAUGAAGCGGUCCUUCAGUCUUCCAGCAAACCGAACGUUCGCCACGUGCUACGCGAUUUGGAGAAUCCUACCGGAAAUUCUCGGGACGGUUGUCGGCAUCACGGACCUGCGAGCGCAUCCCAUAACAAGCGAACACUUUCUGGAAAAGGCCGUUGGACUAUUAAUUUUAGCUGCCGAAUUAACGACGCAAUGUCCGCGCCAUGUGCGUAGCGGCACGUCAGUUAAUCUUGUCAGCGACCAUCAUAUUGCGAUAGCGGAAAUCUGCACACGGAAAAUCCUGCAGUCAUGUAAGAUCGCACCCUUCGCGCAGAGCAGCCUGCUCUGCGGUUCUGACAUGCUAUACUUGAACCUGGUCCAUAAGCAGUUUCUGGAAAAUUAUCUGGAACAGCAACUCCUACACAAUCCGCAGCACACUUUGUGCAAUUUAUGGAGAUAUCAUCUGUUGGAGUUGUCGUUUAAAGGCGAAGGUACAGGUGGCAAAUUCGAGCAGAGACGGACGGACUGUCUUCUGAAUGCCGUCGAGGAAAACAAGUGGAAUGUGGCGCAGGUUGAAGAUACGCUGCAGUGGGAUUACCUGCUGCGUGACGAUAACGGGUUUUUGGACAGCAACCGCCGAUGGCUCGAUAUCCCCGGCGAUCAGAUAGUGUCCGUCGAUGGCGUAGUUGUCAACUUCAAGGAUGGCACAUUCUCGCCCAUCAUCAAUCUGUGUCCGUAUGACGAAGACGGAUAUUACGGAGGGGUCUUAGGCUGGAAGGACUUUAGUGAAGUAUUUAAUUUGGGCAUAGACGCGACAAUGUUUAGCCUGGAGGCCCCGGACGUAGAAAUGCCAUAUCAUGCGUACCAGGAAAUGAAAUUCUAUCCCGCGCGGCUAGAGGGAAGUAACUUUCUGGCCACGAUGUUCCAUGCCGACUAUUUGUUAAAGAUGUUUACUACAGGAUUUGAGGUGUCGGCGGAGGCGCCGUUCAGUUUUCGUACAACAUAUGAAGGACUACUCCAAAACCUGCCUACGCACCUGCAGCGCAUACUGCGGCCACUGUCGGACAGACGCCGCAGCGCUGGCAGUGGUCGUGUGCAUAGGUUUUGGAUCGAAGCGGAAAAGAUCGAAUAUUCGGCAGAGGAGGACGAAGAAGGAGAGACUGUAACCUACAGAUUUCAUGAGACAUGGAUGCGUGUGAAGAAGCGCCUGCUUCGGUAUGACAAGAACGGAAACGCCGUGGACGAUGAAAACGACCAAGAAAGCGAUACGGAAGAUGAUCUGCAAGACAGCGAUGAAGAAGCAACUCGAUCUGUACCCAAAAAAGAGAAAUCAGCAGAGUUUCUCUAUGCCCAAGAUUUCACGGAAUGGUACGACGAGAUAGCGGAUCAUUUCCCGGUGUUUGCACGGUUGAGGGAAAUGCUGAAGCUGGCGGCGAUAAAUGUGAUCAUGAAGUCUAUGGUAACACAGAAGCGGCAACAGAGGGCCAAUCUGCGACCCAAUCCCGAUGAGCUCCGACCUGAUGUACAACGUAUACGGCGCGAUAUCCUGGAAAAGUAUCCACGUAACACAGCGUCCGAAAUUCAGAAAGUCUACAACGAUACUCUACGGGCCAACGGGGUUACGGACAGCGAAGUGGGAGCAGCACAGCGGCGCCAGGUGCAGACCGAAAUACAAGAAAAACUCCAGGAAAUUGAUGAACAAAUGCUCGUGAGUAUUGUGACACAGAUGGCGGCUGCAUUUUUCUGUCCAUCCUCGCCGGAAUUCACAAGAAACGUGACGGCAUGGAUAGACAGCAGUGCUAGUGAUUCGUCGUGUCGUCUGGCGGAAGCUCGACUCUUGAACCAGUUGGCCAGUUCGAUAUGCGCAAGCCGGCUUAAUGCAGUGGACAAGAUUUUGGCUGGACCAAGAGCAAUGGGACUUGACAAAAUAGCCGCUGGGAUGUCUGACCGGACCCAGGCUGUCUCCUGGAGCCGGCCAUCGCCCAAUUACUGUACAUACGUGCCAGCAGUCUACGGAAUGUACGAUCAAGCGACCGUGUAUGGAGGCGUGAAUUUACAACUGAACUUAAAAGCCGUGUCCGAAGGGGGAGCAGGCGCAUUCCGCAACAGCAGCGGCGGCAGUAACGGUGGCGGCCGAAGUGGCGGUGGUAGCAGCGGCAGAAGCGGUGGCGGUAGUAACGGCAGCGGUGGUAAUGGUGGCAGUGGUAGUAGCGGUAGCGGCAGACGUGGUGCUGGUAGCGGCAACGACGGUAGAGGCGGUAGUGUUGACAGUGAUGGUGUGCACGGAAACAGUCGUAACUCAAAGAAAGUUACACACGUUUACAUGGUAAUACCCGAGAGAAGUGCUUGGAAAAGAGCAAAACGAGCCAGAUCCGAGCACACCGCACUGGGGAAUAAUCGUUACAUCGGGAUAUCGUCAACGGGUGUGCAGGUGCGCACUUAUGACGGUCAGCUGGUCUCCGCACGCGGUAUGCAGACGGCCAACAAACUGACCAGGGAAACCGGCAUCAAGCACGUUGCUGUGGUUAUCGCCGUGUACGGCACGCGGAUAGAGGCCAUGUACCAUGAAGCGUGCUUGCUGGAGAAGGGCAGAUAUGAUGAACUGUUUACGAAUCGCAAUCAAGACCGGCGCAACCCGGAUAACUACAGUGCCGGACUGCCGGAAGAAACAUUAGCACGGGGAGAGCGAAUCCGCGCGCAGGCUCGACGAAGGGCCAGAAGACCGUGAAAUCCAGGAAAAGGUUUAGUUUAACAUGAGCUCACGACCGUUUACUACAUGAAAUUGAAAUGAAAUAAAAGAGAUUUUACAUGUUG